AGUUCAUCUCCCCUCCACCCCGGGUGCCCCGCCUUCCUCUACGUUCAUAGUCUUCACGUUCUCCAACGACCAUGGGUUAUAUCAAUGUAUCUGCUCUCUGGUUCUGGCCCUUCAUGCCUGCUGCGGCUCCCAAAAUCGAUGGCACGACUGACCUCACGCAAAUUUAUCCGCCUUGUCCGCGCCCCGUCCCCGAGAUCCAAGCCAAGGAUCCCAAGCCCGUGCCGCUACCCGCCGAGAUGAUUGUCUCUAUUCUCGAAGCAGCCUACUACACUCCCACCCUCGAGCCCGACACCGAUUUGCUACUCGCAUGCUCCGUCGUUUGCAAGGCAUGGGCGGCACCCGCUCAGACGCUCCUCUUUCAAAGCAUCAUCCUCCGCUCGCAGCGUGCUUACAUCGCUUUCUCCGAAGCCGUCGAUUGUUCUACAGAGCGUGGGCGUGCCCUCGGCCAAUGUGUGCACUCUCUGCGCGCUAUCAUCGACCCGUCACAGCCCUUCCGUCUGCUCCCGCGUUCGUUUGCCCGUACGGCAACGCUCUGCCCGAACCUGCAGGAGAUCGACCUGUCGUUGUAUGGCGCCCGGGCAAUAGAAUCGGAAGCAUCUGAAUACCCCCUGUCUUUAGAGCGCUCUAAAGCCCCCAUGUCCUCCUUCGAUGCCACAACGCUUUCACUUUUACGCGCCGGGCCCGCCAUCACGUCGCUGCGAUUCAGCAACUGGUCCGAAAACGCAGACGCAUUACCACAAUUGCUCUCGAUCUGGCCUUCCCUGCGAUCUCUAACCCUUCGUGGCCUCCCGCCUCUCAUGUCCGAGCCCCCCGCACAAGCCGCAUUGUUCCCUAGCGCCUUGCACACGUUGCACCUUAACUUACAGCCCGCCCCGUCACCUGAAUUCUUGGACUGGCUUCUGCAUACCACGCGGUCCGCAUCGAGUCUCCGGUCCCUCGAGCUCGCCCGUCAACCUGACCCUCGUGUUCUCGAGAAACUCCUGACAGCCCAUGGCAGCACGCUCACUUCUCUCGCACUCCCUGCCAUUCGCAGCGCCGAGCUCAGCAUGGUCACCUCCGCUUGUCCCCACUUGGCUGCGCUGCGCAUUGAGCACCCAUGGGCGGGCCCCGCGAUCUUCCGUCGUGCGCCAAAGGAGCUUUCUCGCAUCGCUCUCGGCAUCGAUGAGGGCACGCCUCUCGGUCCCGUGUUGGACCUCGUGAGGAGCAGAGAAGCCGUCAGUGCUGUCACGGUGCUUGUAUGGCGGACCGGAGAGAACCAUCCCCAAGUUGGGGAUCUGAGGAAGUUGUGUGUGUCGAAGGGGGUCGAGAUCAGGGUUGUCAAGAAUGUGGAACAGUUCAGGGCGUUGGUGCGCGCGGAUCCCGCACCGUGCUCAACUGUCCUGGACCACCAUAAUGACGUCGCACUCACGGGUGUCGAAUGCUGAUGCGCCACGCCAUGUAUCCAUAAUCCGCACGCUCGUAUCGGAAACUGUAUCAUAUCCGUUACGCCCCGCAUUCAUGAAAAAAUCACGCCCCGCCAAUCUACUGUAUAUCACCCUAAUCGACAAAAAAUUCACGCCUUUCUCUCUCUUUCUCGUCUCAUCGCCACGACACGGUACACCCAUCUAUUACCUAUAGUAUUGUCCUCUGGGCAAAGCAUCUUCAUUCAUUCGCUAUUAGGAUCCAUCCCGUCCACGUACGCUCUCGUUACAAUCUUUUUCCCUUCUACGCAAUGUUUUCGAGUGUUUUUCGGACGCUUAAUACCGCUUGCUAGCGUGCAUUUGCUCUGAUUUCUUGUAGGACACUCUUCGGACCACGGCAUCACCAAUAUAUCAUAUAUCCCCAUCAUCCUUCCUCGACUUCAUGCUCCAUCAUACUUAAUAUCCCUUCAGCUGUAUGUCAUAGAUCUUCAUAGUUUGCUUAGAAUGCCGAGCAUCACUUUCUUUUGCGUGGUCCACGCACAUACGACAGCUCGGACUAAGAAAGCCUUCUAUGAAUGCCAUGUGUAAUCUGCGAAAUGAAUGGAAUUGAUGACAUUUGCUUG